AUGGUCUGUGCCGUCGGCUUGACCUGUGAGAUUACGCCAUUCAAACAACUAUCGAGAACACGGAAAUCUUAUGUCCCCGCGCCGUCCAGCCGCGCGCGCGCUCCUCCCCGCCGCCCUCGCCCCGCGGGGGCGGCCGAGCGAAGGCGCGCGGGCGCGGUUCCUCAGUACGCUUUCAUUACGCUACGCGAGUGCACGGUGUCUUUAGUUAACAACGACGAAGCAUCGGGUUCAGGAGCUAUGUGCUCCCUUGGAGCACUACUCGACUGGGAAGCGGAUGACCCUGGAGACAAUGUGGUCCUCGGCAGGCUGACACGUCUCAUUGCAGCGCAUCUUCCGGACGGCUGGCAAGAAUGGAAAGUACAUACCUACUCCAAAGAAGAUUUGCUGGGAAGUGAACUAGACCCUCAAAUUCUGAACAAAAUCAGGUUCGCGAUCCCGACGGAGAACUCUGCUUACGAAAGCUCCGAUGAUGACUGCGUUUCAGCUCACUGCUCAGAUAUCGACGACACUAUUGUUCCUGAACAACCUCCAAACAAAGCUACCCUUACGUGGGAGCCCCCUGAGGCUCCGUUUGGCUCCGAAGAAGAUUUUGACUGGUUACCCUGCACUAAGCCACAGGACCCUGUUAUACCCAACCCAAAACCACACAUUGCAGAACAGGGGGUUAAGGUACUAAGACUAGGCGACACCGCGUAUAACCAGAUCAGGGAAAGACCGCCAAAAAGAAGUCGUUUGUCAAGCCCAGAAGUCGCCCAUCCGAAAAAACGGGAUCGAGUUCUAGACGUGCCGACAAAAGAAAUCACUCUAAUCCCUCCUCAGCCCGAGGGCGCUCGUCCAAGGGACACUCUUCGAAGAAACAUAGAAGUACCUGAAAUACGGCUCUUCAGAGGAGGCAGGCUUCGCUCAUACCUAGAAGUCUGGAAAAAGGAGGGAGCCCCCAAAAGUAUUCUAAACAUCGUAAAAGGGUACACAAUCCCGUUUGUAUCAAAACCUCCUCUGAUUCCAUUUCAUGCUCAAAUUAUAAAAAAAUUCGAAACCAAAGAAAUGACGCAAGAGAUAAACUCCCUCAUAGAUCAAGACAUUUUGGAACACACAUCAGCUCAUUCAGGUUUUCUUUCAACGAUGUUUCCGGUCCCAAAAUCAGAUGGAAAGAAUCGACCCAUAAUCAACCUUCGAGGUCUAAACAAAUACCUUCUGCCAAAGAAAUUUCGCCUGUUAAACCAUUUCAAGGUACCUCAGUUUCUGCAACCUGGAGAUUUUCUGGUAAAGAUCGACAUCUCCCAGGCAUACUUUCACGUGCCCAUAAAAGUUCAGCACAGAAGAUUUCUAGCAAUCUUCAAUCAAGGUCAAAUCCUACAAUUCACGUGCCUACCUUUCGGCCUUUCUACAGCUCCCCUCACAUUUGCAAGGCUGUCAAACUGGGUGGCAUCACGAUUCCAGGAUAUGAAUAUAAGGGUCAUAGUCUAUCUCGACGACUUCCUCCUGGCCUGCCAGGAUCCAAUAAAACUACGAGAGGAUGCCAUCAAGACAGUAAACUUUUUGACAAGACUCGGUUGGAUUAUAAACAAAGAAAAAUCCCUAAACGAACCUUCGCAACAAAUCGAGUAUCUGGGAAUUACGUGGAAUACUUUGCGAAACGUAACUUCACUGCCUCAAAGGAAAAUCCAAUCAAUAGAAAAAGACUUCAACAAAAUCUUAAAGGAUCGAAAGUGGAGCUGGGAGCUCGCCAAGAGCUUACUGGGCAAACUAAAUUUUGCCAGUUUCGUAAUCCCCCUAGGAAGGUUACACUCCAGAGAUCUUCAAAGAGCAGCCAACCACUUACCAGAACAGCAAAAAAAGAGAAUGUUCCCUAUAACAUCACAGACCCUUCAGGAAUGUGUCUGGUGGCUAGCGAACUUGAAACAAAACGGAACUCUCGUAAAGUACCGAAAGACAGCUUUUAUAACAUCAGACGCAUCAGACCAAGGUUGGGGAGCUCAGAUAGACGACAAAAUGAUCAGCGGUCUAUGGACCCCAACUCAAAAACGAUGGCAUAUAAACAGAAAGGAACUAUAUGCGGUAUUACAAGCUUUUAGAUCGGAAAUGACCUAUCUAAGGGAGAAAAGGGUCAUAGUUCAGUCGGACAAUCGGACGGUUGUGGCGUACAUCAAGAAGCAAGGAGGAACUCGUUCUCGUCAUCUGACAAUGCUCGUUUCACAACUACUCCAUACGGCAAAUACCCUGCGAACCGAUCUAUGUCCUCAAUAUAUCCCGGGCAUCUACAACGACAUAGCAGACAGUCUAUCUCGUCAGAAACCCCUGGCGGACUGGCAUCUUUCCCAGCAGGUGACGAACCUGAUAUUUUGCAAAUGGGGAACACCCGAAAUAGAUUUAUUCGCAACGAAAGAAUCCAGGGUGGUUCCAGCCUAUGUCUCUCGAGACGCAAAAGACAAAGAAGCCCAGUUCGUCGAUGCCUUCAGCAGGGUAUGGCAGUUCGAUCUGGCCUGGAUUUUCCCACCUCCGUCAAUAAUUCCUCGAGUAUUAGCUCACCUAAACCAUGCGAAAGGAACGUACAUCAUAAUUGUGCCACGGUGGGAGAAAGUAUUUUGGAGGUCGGAUCUGAAGAUGAGAGCAGUGGAUCCCCCGUUCCAGAUUCGCAACCUCAAUCAUCACUUGUUAGACAUGACAACCCAAGCGGGUCUCCCGAACGCCCAAAACUUACGCUUGGAGGCUUGGAGGAUACGGGGUGGUCGACCAUAA